UACGGUUUAGGUUUAGGUUUAGGCGGCGUGCAGAAGAAGAUGCUAGGGUUUCGCCGCCUCCUAAAGUCACACGCUAUUGCCUAUAAAUAUCCAAUCCUGCAGCCACCGAUUCAACUCAAAUCAGCUCAGCUCGGCUCAGAUGCGUAGGGUUUUAGAUAGUUUUCACCUUUCAAUCGCAAACUUGAGCAGCAUUCCUUCCCAUCUGGGGAACUUGUCUUUUCUUGUUUCUUUGGACCUGAGUGGUGACAAUUACGCGGGCAAUCAACCUGGAGAUCUGUCCCGUUUGCGACGCCUGAGGUUUAUGAACUUUAAGCUCAACAACUUCACUGGAGAUAUCCCGUCAUGGUUUGGUUCCUUUCCUGAACUUCAAUUUCUGUCAAUUAGAAAUAACAGCUUCACUGGAUUUAUCCCUCAUUCUCUUGCGAACAUCUCAAAGCUUGAAACAUUGGAACUAUCAUACAACCCUUUACAAGGUAAGAUUCGUGAAGUGAUGGGAGGUCUACAAAACCUGAGGGUACUAAAUUUGCAGUACAACCAGCUUACAGGGUCUAUGCCAUGCUCCAUUUUCAACAUUUCGACGUUGGAAAUUAUUGCUCCCUCAGGAAAUAACUUACCUGUUAAUCUUCCUCCAGACGCGUGCAAAAUGAUCUUCCAAGUCUCAGAGGGCUUUAUUUAACUUCAAAUAAGUUAAAUGGCCAGUUGCCAUCAAAUUUAACUGCUUGUUCAGUAAUUCAAAUAUUGUCAUUGUCAUCAAAUGAGUUUAGCGGACAGAUAACAGGGGAAUAUGGAACCUUGAAGAAGCUGGAGGGUAUGUAUCUUGCCCGGAACAGUUUAAUAGCUGGCUUCCAUUUGGAGGGAAAUUCACUUUCCUCCGCAUCACAUA